AUGCUCCUUCUAACUCUAACAUUCUACUCCUUUGCUCUUGAUCCUAAUUACACAACAAAUGUGCAAACUGAAAACCACGAGUAUUAUCGUAUUAAACUCCCCCAUAUAUGGGAUAUCUCAAGUAAAAAUAUGAAGAUAGUUGGAAAGCCUCCAAUUCUAUCAAGGAACAAGAAGCUAGUGUAUGUUCCUCAUCCUUAUAAGCUUAGACUGAUUUUGGCUCAUGAUGAAGAAGCUUAUAACGUUGAUCGUAGAGACAUCAUUCCAAUCCCAUCCCUCUCCUCAAUGAUCAUCAAUGUUGCUCCUUCUAAUGGUGAUAUGCAUAUUACAAAAAGAAUGGAAAACUGGAUUGCAAAUCCCUACACUGUUGAACCAUCUGACUCUGAAAAAGAGUAUGAUGAGAAUGAUGACAAAGAUAAUGAAGAAGGUGUUGAUGAUGAAGAACAAGCUGAUGAUGAAGAUGACACUUAA